ACGACAGUUACAUAUGUAUAUGUGAGAGCAUGAAACGACAACUCUGCGCGGAGAUCGGUCAAGGUGAAGGCCAGGCAUCCCCAAAACAAGUUCAGCUGGAGAACAUUACAGUUAUAUUUUAUCGCUCAAAAUUACUUGUGGUCGAGUGGAUCUUUUAACAGCGUUGGAAAGUCUUCAAAUAUUGAUAAAUCCUCUACCAAAAAGUGUAAUUGAUAGCCGCUGACCAUGCUGAGGUUACAGUCCCGAGCUAGACAGUUGCGUGAUGUUGCAAGUUUGCAGCUUUCUGAGGGUCCUGCAACCUUAAAGGCACGCCCAGGAUUCAGGCUGCCCCUGGGCAUUGGCUACUGUACUGCACGCUCAGCAACACCGUUCCCCAGAGAUACAGAUACAAUCACAAAACUGAUGGUCGCAAAUAGAGGAGAGAUAGCCAUUCGAGUGUUCCGAGCGUGUACAGAAAUGAACAUCAGAACAGUGGCCAUAUACUCAGAGCAAGACAAGAUGCAUAUGCACAGGCAGAAGGCAGAUGAGUCUUACCUAAUUGGAAAGGGGCUGCCACCUGUGGCUGCUUAUCUUAACAUACCAGAAAUCAUCACCAUUGCAAAGGAGCAUGGUGUAGAUGCCAUCCACCCUGGCUAUGGUUUCCUAUCUGAGAGACACGACUUUGCCCAGGCUAUUGUUGACGCAGGAAUCAAGUUCAUAGGCCCCUCCCCGGAGGUUGUGAGACGUAUGGGAGACAAAGUGGAGGCGAGACAGGCGGCUAUUGAGGCGGGUGUGCAAGUGGUCCCUGGCACACCAGGACCUGUUGAGAGUGCACAGCAGGCCCUUGAGUUCUGUGAGACAUAUGGAAUGCCUGUGAUCUUCAAGGCAGCUUAUGGGGGUGGAGGUCGUGGCAUGAGAGUCGUCCGUAAAAAAGAGGAUCUUGAUGAGAAUUUCUACCGAGCUACUUCUGAGGCACAGUCUGCUUUUGGCAACGGAGCUCUCUUCCUGGAAAAAUUCAUUGAACGGCCAAGGCAUAUCGAGGUUCAAAUCUUAGGUGAUUCUGCUGGCAAUGUUGUGCACUUGUAUGAGAGGGAUUGCUCAGUGCAGAGACGUCAUCAGAAGGUUGUGGAGAUAGCGCCUGCCCCACAACUGCCAACAGAGAUCCAGGAAAGUAUGACUGCUGAUGCCAUACGUCUUGCCCGCCAUGUUGGCUAUGAAAAUGCAGGAACUGUGGAAUUUCUGCUAGACAGCAAUGGUGAAUACUAUUUCAUAGAAGUUAAUGCACGCCUGCAAGUGGAACAUACAGUCACAGAAAAUGUCACUGGUGUGGAUUUGGUGCAGACACAGAUUAAGAUUGCUGAUGGCAAAACUCUGCCAGAAAUGGGACUUACACAAGACCAAAUUAAAUUAAACGGCUGUGCAAUACAGUGUCGUAUGACAACAGAGGAUCCAUCCAGAGGAUUCCAACCAGACACUGGCAGAAUAGAGGUGUUUAGGAGUGGAGAAGGAUUCGGCAUCAGGCUUGAUAGUGCCCUUGGGUUUGCUGGUGCCAUUAUCUCCCCAUACUACGACUCUCUCCUAGUAAAGGUUAUUGCACAUGCCCACAAUCACCAGUCUGCUUGCGCCAAGAUGCUGAGAACAUUGAAAGAAUUCAGAAUAAGAGGAGUUAAGACUAACAUCCCAUUUCUUCUGAAUGUACUGGAACAUCCUCAGUUCCUUUCUGGAGUUGUAGAUACAUACUUCAUUGACGAAAAUCCACAGCUUUUCCAAUUCAAGCCAUCCCAAAAUAGAGCCCAAAAGCUCCUUCAUUACCUUGCGCAGGUAAUGGUAAAUGGACCCUCCACACCGUUAGCUACCAAGCUGCCUCCAUCAGAGACUGAACCAGCUGUUCCGGAGAUUCCAUUUGUUUCAGAACCGCCUAAAGGUCUUCGAGAAGUUCUUCUUAAGGAGGGUCCUCAAGCUUUUGCUAAAAAGGUCCGUGAGCACAAAGGCUUGUUGCUUAUGGAUACGACCUUCAGAGAUGCACAUCAGUCCCUGUUGGCAACAAGAGUGCGGACAUAUGACCUUAAGAGGAUCUCACCAUAUGUGUCACAUAAGUUCAACAAUCUAUACAGCAUUGAAAACUGGGGAGGUGCCACAUUUGAUGUGUCAUUACGUUUCCUGCACGAGUGUCCGUGGGAUAGACUAGACACAUUGCGGAAGCUCAUUCCAAACAUCCCCUUCCAGAUGCUGUUGCGAGGCGCCAAUGCGGUUGGCUACACCAACUACCCAGACAAUGUUGUUUUCAAGUUUUGUGAAGAAGCUGUCAAGUAUGGCAUGGAUAUCUUCAGAAUCUUUGAUUCACUGAACUACUUGCCAAACAUUGUUGUAGGCAUGGAUGCAGUUGGCAAUGCAGGUGGUGUUAUUGAGGCUGCGAUUUCGUACACUGGAGAUGUUUCAGACCCAAGUAAAACCAAGUAUAGUUUGGCGUAUUAUGUAAACCUUGCCACUGAGCUUGUGAAAGCGGGAACACACAUUCUUGCAAUUAAGGAUAUGUCUGGUAUCUUGAAACCUAGAGCUGCAACUCUCUUGGUCAGUGCCAUUCGUGACAAAUUCCCAGACAUGCCUAUACAUGUUCACACCCAUGACACAGCAGGAGCAGGUGUUGCAUCUAUGCUGGCAUGCUAUGCUGCUGGGGCUGAUGUUGUUGAUGUGGCCUGUGACUCCAUGUCUGGGAUGACCUCCCAACCAAGCAUGGGUGCAGUGGUAGCUGCUCUUGAAAAAACAGAACAUGAUACUGGUAUUCGUCUGGAUGAUGUGUCUGCCUACUCGGCGUACUGGGAACAAGCCAGAAAUCAGUAUGCACCCUUUGAAUGCUGCGUCACAAUGAAGAGUGGCAAUGCAGACACUUACAGAAAUGAAAUACCUGGUGGCCAGUACACAAACCUCCAGUUCCAAGCUUUCAGCCUUGGUCUGCAGGAACAAUUUGAAGAGGUGAAGAAGAUGUAUGUGGAGGCCAACAAGCUGAUGGGAGAUAUACCCAAGGUGACGCCAUCAUCCAAAGUUGUUGGGGACAUGGCUCAGUUCAUGGUCCAGAACAAGCUGACUGCCAAAAUGGUGGAGGAUCGAGCUGGAGAGUUGUCUUUCCCUGUGUCUGUCAUUGAGUACUUCCAGGGCUACCUUGGAACACCCCCUGGUGGCUUCCCUGAGCCUCUACGCUCACAGAUUUUACAAGGUAAGAAGACAAUUGAAGGUCGCCCGGGUGAGUCUCUGAAGCCAGUAGAUUUCAAAGCCCUCAAGAAGAAACUUGUUGACCAGCAUGGCAAGAUGGUUAGAGAUGUGGAUGUGAUCAGUGCUGCAUUAUAUCCCAAGGUCACAAACGAGUAUCUGGAAUUCAAGGAUAAAUAUGGACCAGUUGAUGCCCUCAACACUCCUCUCUUCUUGGUGGGACCCAAAGUAGCCAAAGAGUUUGAGGUUGAAAUUGAGACGGGCAAGACAUUGUCUAUAAAGACUCUUGCUAAGGGAGACAUCAACAAGGAAGGUCGCAGAGAAGUGUUCUUUGAGCUUAAUGGACAGCUGAGAUCUGUCUUUAUUCGUGACACAGAGGCUACAAAGGAAAUGCAUUUCCACCCAAAGGCCCUGAAAGGUGUUCAUGGGUCGGUUGGCGCCCCAAUGCCAGGAACCGUGAUUGAGGUGAAGGUGAAGGAAGGUGACAAGGUUGUCAAGGGGCAGCCGAUUCUGGUACUCAGUGCCAUGAAGAUGGAGAUGGUGGUCAAUGCACCUGUUGCUGGAACCAUUAAAAAUAUCCUGAUUAAACCCAACAUGAAAUUGGAAGGGGAUGACUUGUUGCUAGACAUUGACCAUGAAUAAUGUUAUGUUGUUGUUUUUUUAAUCACUAUUUUGAAGUGCAAAAGCACUAUGUGUAGAAAGUUCUCAUAAUAUUAACCUGUGAACUAAAUAAGCCAAAUUUACAUGCGUUUAAUUAAUACAUGUUCUUGUUUUUCUACAUAGCUGUCUAAACACGUUUUCACUGUCACAAAUACUAUAUUCAAUUUUCAAGAAAUUUCCUGUCUGAUGAAUGGGAAACAAGACCAAUCUCUCAACUUUGUUGCAGUGUUUUACUAAUGUGGUUUGAGCUUUACCUUGGGAUGCUAACUGUGCAACCACUACCAGAGCAAGCAGAGUCCUUUUGUCCCGUGUCUGUCUGUCUGUCAUACUGUCCAGAAUUGUUAGGACUGUUAUUUCCCCAUUAUGGAUUUUGAAAUAAUUUGGCACACAUGUUUACAUUUGUCAAUACCUAAUGUAUGUAGCUUGUCACAAGCAUGUGGCUACAUUCAAGGUCAAGAUUUAAUUUUGAGAUCCAAAUAGUACUUUAAUGGCAAAAUAGAACCCUCCCCUCUUUAACUUUAGCAAGCCCUGAAGGAUUUUAAAAUUACUAGGCACAAAUGUUUAGGAUGGUUGAUAAAGCUAUGUUGCACAAUAUGCACAUACUAGUUAUGCAGUUUAUUUAAGAAGAUUAUAUUAUCAUAAAUACAUACAAACAUUUUUUUUUUGACUAUUCCAUAAAAAGUAAUAGCAAUACUACUCAUCCAUUUGUUGUAAUCUACCUUAUGCUCGGAUUAAGGUUUCUUGGCAACAUCUCCAAAUCAGUUUGUAAUAUACAUAUUCUCUUGAAACUUCAAACAUGUAGUCAGGGUUAUUGUGUGAUGUCACUUCAAUGACCUGCACUAUUGGAAAUAUCACUCCUCUUUUUGUUCUUAGAGAAAAAUCCGUUUCUCUAUAUCUAUAGAGAUAUAUUAAAAUGAAACUGUCCAUUUGGAGCUCACCUGAGCACAAUGUGCUCAUAGAGAGCUUUUGUGAUCCCCUUUUGUCAAUCAUGCAUUUUGCUUCGUUUAAACACUCUAGAGGCCACAUUUAUUGUCCAAUCUUCAUGAAAUUUGGUCAGAAGAUUUGUGUAAGUCUUGAACAAGUUCGCUAAUGGUUCCAGUUGAUUGAAGAACAUUGUCUGAUCCUCAUGAAAUUUGGACAGAAGAUAUGUCUUGCACAAGUUUGAAAAUGGUUGUUUGAAAUACAUAGUAAAACCUUGAUAAUACUCUGGAGGCCAUAUUUAUUUUCCAUUCAUCAUGAAACUUGGUCUGAAGAUUUGUCCCAAUGAUAUCUUGGACGAGUUCUAAAAUGGUUCUGGUUGAUUGAAAAACACGGCUGCCAGAGUGAGGGGCAUUUUUCCUUAUAUGGCUGAAAUAAAACCUUGUUAAAGGGAUCUUUUCACGGUUUGGUAAAUUGACAAAAUUGAAAAAAGUUGUUUCAGAUUCGCAAAUUUUAGUUAUGAUAUUUGUGAGGAAACAGUAUUACUGAACAUUUACCAUAGUCCAAUAUAGCCAUUAUAUGUAUAUUUUGACGAUUUGAAAACAUAAAAAUUAUAAAGCGUUGCAACGCGAAACGAUUAAAUAAUUUGGAGAG